UAUAUAUAUAUAACUUUAUUGACACGUUGCCGUGGAUACACAUUGCUCUGCUUCUCUCCUGGUGACAGCUCGCCUGACAUGUUUUUGUUAGUUCAAGAAAAAGAAACUGUGAGCAACAAAUUGCACAAAAUGACCUGAUGUAUCAAAUAUGAUACAAAUUACAAUUCAUAUAUGCACAUUGAUAUUUAAAUAUAUAUUGUGUAACAGUGUUUAUAUCUCAUGGAGAACUAACACAGAGCUUUUGUAUAAGAGGAAGUAAAGUAACACACUUCUGCUUAGGACACCGCAGGGUUAGGAUCAGUAGUUUGGAUCAAAUCCAGAUUGGAACUGGAUGGCUCUUUUGAAGUCUGAACAGUCACAAAUCACAUGAAAUCCGAUUUUUGCAAACCGGAUCAAAACCACCUUCGGGAGGUAGUUUCAGAUUGCAUUUGGACAGAUGCGUCUCAGUCUGAACCUCCAAACACUCAGAUCGGUUUUAACUGUCCGCACAGCGCGGAGACGAGGUGUCCACCGGCAGCCGCGCCCGACUCAUGCGGGCCCGACGGGGGCGUCCUUCUGCCCGGUUUCUCCCCUGGUACAGUGAUAAGGCCAAUAUGCUGAGGAGACCUGCCUCCAUCAUGUUUGUUGUUGUUGUUGUUGUUGUUGUUGUUGUUGUCGCUGUCGCAAUUAUAUGAUGUCUGACGUUCUGACGCCGUUACUAUAGCAACCUGUCAGAUCAGUCAAUAAUGUGGCCCAGUCUGAACAGAGCCAUAUCCGAUUUGGACACUUGCUAAAAACAGUGUGGACAGUCAGCCCUAAAAAUCGUAUUUGAGUAGGAAUCUGAUUUGUAUCAGAUUCGCCUGCAGUCUGAACGCGGCCAAACUCACCAGAAAAAAUCACCUGGCAAUAUUUUUUCCCACCUGUUUCACGGUUAAAUGAACAAAUGAAGAAACUUAAAAAGAUUAUCCUAACAAGUCAUAAACACAGGAGAGAAAACAAUUUAGAUUAGACUUAAAAGUGUCACCAGAAUUUAUUUUCUGCUGGCUUCUGUACUUUUCAGUAUUUUAACAUUCAAAAUGACUGUUUUCCCAUAUUGGACUGGACUGAGAAUACAUUCACCCUGUCACACAGCACUGUAGGCCUACAUCACACAGCAUCUCUUCCCGAAAAUCAUGAUCCAAAGGGCCAAGACCUUAAAAACACACACAACCUCCUUCUUACGCAGCCAGUGACCCUCAGCAACUAUGUUCAACAGACCUCACAGACUCAGCAAAUCGUCAUCUACUUCCCAGAUAGAUUAGCCAAUCAUGACUCAUUGCUGGAGCUGUCUGGCCAAUGGGGGCGGGCUCUGUAGGAGGCCACUUCCUUGUGGAGUUCAGAGGGGGGAAAAGGCUUCCAGUUUGACUGUGGAUAUCCAGUUUUUUGUGUGUUUGAGGCCAUGAAGGCAGAGAUGGACUGGGAGAUCUGGAGCAGGCAGAUGGAUCAGGAGGUUCUGGUUGAAGAUGGAAGCUAUGAGGAGCAAAGCAGCAGCAGCAGCAGAGCAGCCGGUAUGAACGGUAACGGCCCCAGUAAACUCGUGGACCCGCUGGACGACCCGGUGCCAGGACUGGGCACAUACGAGGACUUCAACACCAUCGACUGGGUCAGAGAGAAAAGCAAGGACCGCGACAGACACAGAGAGAUCACCAAUAAGAGCAAACAGUCAACUGUGGCUCUGCUGCACAGCGUCAGUGAUGCUUUCUCUGGAUGGUUGCUCAUGCUGCUAGUGGGACUCAUGUCAGGUGCUUUAGCCGGCGGCAUCGACAUCGCGGCCCACUGGCUGACGGACAUGAAGGAAGGAGUUUGUCUCAUCGGCUUCUGGUUCAACCACGAGCACUGCUGCUGGACGUCCAACGAGACCACGUUUCAGGAGAGGGACCGCUGUCCACAGUGGCAGAGCUGGGCCGAGCUCAUAACAGGGACAGCAGAGGGUCCGUUUGCUUACAUAAUGAACUUCCUGAUGUACAUCUUCUGGGCUUUACUUUUCGCUUUCCUGGCCGUCACGCUGGUCAGGGCCUUCGCUCCGUACGCAUGCGGCUCAGGAAUACCAGAGAUUAAAACCAUCCUGAGUGGCUUCAUCAUCCGUGGCUACCUGGGGAAGUGGACCCUGAUCAUCAAGACCAUCACCCUGGUGUUAGCCGUGUCCUCGGGGCUCAGCUUAGGGAAGGAGGGCCCGUUGGUCCACGUGGCCUGCUGCUGCGCUAACAUACUGUGUCACCUGUUCACGAAGUACCGCAAGAACGAGGCCAAGCGGCGAGAGGUGUUAUCUGCAGCAGCAGCAGUAGGCGUGUCCGUGGCCUUCGGUGCUCCCAUUGGAGGAGUCCUUUUCAGCCUGGAGGAGGUGAGUUAUUACUUCCCUCUGAAGACCCUGUGGCGUUCGUUCUUCGCCGCCCUGGUCGCAGCCUUCACCCUGCGCUCCAUCAACCCGUUUGGAAACAGCCGUCUGGUGCUGUUCUACGUGGAGUUCCACGCCCCCUGGCACCUGGUGGAGCUGGCCCCGUUCAUCCUGCUGGGGAUCUUCGGGGGCCUCUGGGGGGCGCUGUUCAUCAGGGGCAACAUCGCCUGGUGCAGGUUACGUAAAUCUACCCGUCUGGGUCACUACCCCGUCAUGGAGGUGCUGGUGGUGGCGGCUCUGACCGCCGUGGUGGCCUACCCGAACAGCUACACCAGGAUGAGCGGAGCGGAGCUGAUCUCUGAGCUCUUCAACGACUGCUCGCUGCUCGACUCCUCGCAGCUCUGCGGCUACAAACAGGCUACCAACACAUCAGAAACAGGUGUCGGUAACAGCCUGGCAGACCGGCCGGCAGGAGAAGGCCUCUACACCGCUCUGUGGCAGCUGGCUCUGGCUUUAGUCUUCAAGAUGUUGAUCACUGUGAUUACAUUCGGCAUGAAGGUCCCUUCAGGUCUGUUCAUCCCCAGUAUGGCAGUUGGAGCCAUAGCCGGCAGACUGCUGGGAGUGGGCAUGGAGCAGCUGGCCUACUACAACCACGACUCGUUCAUCUUUAAGGGGUGGUGCUCGCCGGGAGCAGACUGCAUCACUCCGGGGCUCUACGCCAUGGUGGGAGCUGCGGCGUGUUUAGGUGGAGUGACUCGCAUGACCGUGUCGCUGGUAGUCAUCAUGUUCGAGCUGACUGGUGGUCUGGAGUACAUCGUCCCCCUCAUGGCCGCGACCAUGACCAGCAAAUGGGUGGCAGAUGCUUUCGGAAGAGAGGGAAUCUACGAGGCUCACAUUAGGCUUAAUGGAUACCCGUUCCUGGAGCCUAAAGAGGAGUUUGAGCACAGCAGCCUGACUGUGGACGUGAUGAGGCCCAGGAGGUCGGACCCGGCGCUGGCUGUGCUCACACAGGAAGGCAUGACUGUCGGGGAGGUGGAGACUUUGGUGGAGAGCACUCACUACAGCGGCUUCCCUGUGGUCGUCUCUCAGGAGUCCCAGAGGCUGGUGGGCUUCGUUCUCAGAAGAGAUCUGCUCAUCUCAAUAGACAACGCCCGAAAGCGCCAGGAGGGCAUCGUCAGCGCUUCCCAUGUGUUCUUCACUGAGUACGCUCCAGCUCAGGCCGCUGACGCUCCACCACCUCUCCGCCUCAGAGCCAUCAUGGACCUGAGCCCCUUCACCGUCACAGACCACACGCCUAUGGACAUCACUGUGGAUAUUUUCAGGAAGCUGGGGCUGCGUCAGUGUCUGGUUACACAUAACGGGAGGCUGCUGGGAAUCAUCACUAAGAAAGACAUCCUGAAACACAUGGCGCAGAUCGCCAACAGAGACCCCGACUCCAUCCUCUUCAACUGAACUCCUCCGUCCAUCCUCUCCUCCUCUCCUCUGUAGACCAGGGCGAGAAGAAGACCCACACCAGCUUUCAAAUGCACCUUUUACCUCUUCAACUUUAAAAAAAAUAAAGAAAAAAGUCCAGUCAGAGGAAGCCAAGUAAGUUGAGCUCCAUUUUGCACGGGCGAGAACAAUGGACAGAGGCGUUUUUGGCUUUAGACAGAACAGAGAGCACCACUAAAAAAAUUUUUAAAAAAGCUCUCAGAAACAAUGACUCAUCCUUUCUGACACUGCUGGCCCCAAUUUCAUGUCCAACCCAGAGAGAUGUAGUACAGAUACACAUGAGAAAAAAUAAGUCAAUGGAAUAGCUCACAUCUGCUCCUUUUUGGCUUUUUCCAUUACUUUGUCUCUUUGUCCUGAACUCCAAGUAGCACAAAGUAAAAAAAAAAAAAGACUAUGUUGCUUCCACCGAAGAGAAAAACAUUUAAAAGGAGGUGGGAACAGAUAAUCCUCUGUCAUAGAUACAGACAGGAGGAGAAAUAAAGACAUGGUGAAAGAUAAAGAGCGGUUCGGGGAGCUCCGUGCUGCCCUCCGGCCGUCACAGCAAGCCCAGACGGAGCUCUCUGAGCUGGGCUGAUGGAUGCUCUGCAGCUCCCCCCUCCUCCUCCACCUCCUCUUCCCUCCUCCCUCCCUCUGUGAGGUUUCCUGUAGCCUUGGGGGGGCGAAGCAUACAGGAGUGUGAGAAGAGGAUCUAAUGCACACACUUACACUCCAUAAAGACUUCAUGACAGCCUGGGAACUCUACAGAAAUGUCUUUUUUUUUUUCUUUUUUUUUUGGUCAUAUAGACUCUUGUGAUUUGUAAAAAAACGGCGGGAGACUCCAGCCUGGGAAUGAUGCACUGUUGUCUCUCCAACUGGCAACUUGUUGAGCAAUUCUACUCGAAAAUAGUAGUUAUCAAGACAAUGCUGCAGUUUCUGGGCUGCUGUGGAAGGGCUAAAAGAUACAAAAAGAGAGAAUCAUGACAUGUUAAUUAAUUUAUGUAAUUGUAAAACUGUUUGUCCCACUAAAUUAUUUCACUGAA